CGUACUGGGUCAACGAUACAGCCGCAUACACUGGUGUUGGCUCGGUAGACUGGCCAACUCUGUGUUCUUGCUACAAACGAGAUGUGUGCAUACAUUUUUGAAUGACAAAAAUAACAAGAGAUUAGGACUGAAAACAUUUGGGUGCGUCGUUCUUCUGAAGAAAGGAUUCUGCUUUGGCGAAUUUUUUUUUCUUUUGCCUUCUGUAUUUCCUUGGCUGUUGUGGACAUUUUGGAUUCCUUUUUAGUUUUAAUGUUCGUUUUUAAAAAUUUACCCAAAUACAAUUAUUAUUUUGAUAACUCUUUCCCCCGUUUAUUUUAGUAAUCGCUUUUUGUUUAUGUAUUGUCUGACUGGGCACUUUUUCAGCGAGACGCAAACUCUGAACAGUAAAGAACUUUUGAGGGGAUUGGUCUCGCGAAAGAAUGCGUCUGACUGAUUAGCUAGCCAGCUAGCUAGCUAGGUGUAAUUUAAGUGGAUGCUUGGAAGAAACAAACCUUGUCGGCCAGCGAAUUUAUACAGUUUAAAACGUUGGUGGAUUUAACCAUUUUCGGACUAUAUAUCAAAUGAGAAACUAAAUCGACACCGUUGUAUGAUAAGCACCUGUGCUGCUGUUGGGUCUCUCACCUGCCACCACUUGGGAUCCAGUAGCCCGGGUCAUAAAUGACAAGUGCCUGAGGAUGUCGAGCAAGCGGAACCUGUUUGUGCGGCUGGUGCCAUGCCGCUGCCUGCGGGGGGAGGAGGAGACGGUGACGUCACUGGACUACUCCCACUGCAGCCUGGAGGCAGUGCCUAAGGAGAUCUUCAGCUUCGAGAAGACCCUGGAGGAGCUCUAUCUGGACGCCAACCAGAUUGAGGAGCUGCCCAAACAACUGUUCAACUGCCAGAUGCUCCACCGGCUGAGCAUGCCAGACAACGACCUCACGGUGCUGCCCGCGGCCAUCGCCAACCUCAUCAAUCUCAAGGAGCUGGACGUCAGCAAAAACAGUAUCCAGGAGUUUCCAGAAAAUAUCAAGAACUGCAAAGUCCUGGCUAUUGUUGAAGCAAGUGUGAAUCCCAUCUCCAAGCUCCCAGAGGGUUUCACCCAGCUCCUCAGCCUGACACAGCUCUACCUGAACGACGCCUUCCUCGAGUUCCUACCAGCCAGCUUUGGCAGGUUGACUAAACUGCAGAUCCUGGAGCUGAGAGAGAACCAGUUAAAGAUGUUGCCAAAAAGCAUGCACAAGCUCACCCAGCUGGAGAGAUUGGACUUGGGGAGUAACGAGUUCACUGAAGUGCCUGAGGUAUUGGAGCAGCUCACUGGAAUCAAAGAGUUGUGGAUGGAUGGAAACAGACUGACAUUCCUACCAGGGAUGCUAGGCACUCUGAAGCAGCUGUCCUACCUUGACGUCUCCAAGAACAACCUGGAGAUGGUGGACGAGCAGAUUUGUGGCUGUGAGAGCCUGCAGGACCUACUGCUUUCUAACAAUGCACUCACACAGCUGCCCGGAUCCAUAGGCUCCUUGAAGAAACUAACCGCCCUAAAAGUGGACGAGAACCAGCUCAUGUAUCUGCCAGACUCCGUCGGAGGUCUAGCAGCCCUGGAUGAGCUUGACUGUAGUUUUAACGAGAUCGAGGCUCUGCCCUCCUCCAUUGGACAGUGUGUCAGCAUACGCACUUUUGCCGCAGACCACAACUUCCUCACACAGCUGCCCCCAGAGAUGGGCAGCUGGAAGAGUGCCACUGUGCUGUUCCUGCACUCCAACAAGCUGGAGUCUCUACCUGAGGAGAUGGGAGACAUGACCAAGCUCAAGGUCAUCAAUCUCAGCGACAACAAAUUGAGGAACCUUCCCUACAGCUUCACCAAGCUUAACCAGAUGACUGCUAUGUGGCUGUCUGAGAACCAGUCGAAGCCUCUCAUCCCUCUGCAGAAGGAGGAGGAUCCAGAGACCCACAAGACGGUUCUCACCAACUACAUGUUCCCCCAGCAGACCAGGACAGAGGACUGCAUCCCUAACUCUGACAGUGAGAGCUUCAACCCCUCUUUGUGGGAGGAGCAGAGGAAGCAGCGGGCCCAGGUGGCCUUCGAGUGUGACGAGGACAAGGAUGAGAGGGAGACGCCUCCGCGGGAGGGCAACCUGAAGCGCUACCCGACACCGUACCCAGAUGAGCUGAAGAACAUGGUGAAGACGGCCCAGUCUAUCGCUCACAGGCUGAAGGAGGACGAGUCGGGCGACGAGUCGGGGAAGGAUGCCAAACCUAAUGAGCGGAUCCAUGUGGGAGUGCAGGACGUGGGAGUCAAGGUGAUCGAGGCUCCCCGCGCCAAUGGCAAGCCAGUAGAGAUGGAGCCCAAAGCACCUGUCUGUGUCCAGGACUCCACAGUACCCCUGGAGACCUCUGAAUCCUACACCUCCCAGAAGACCUCACUCCGGACCUCGGACAAUACCAAGACCAUGAACCACGAGGACACUCUGGAGUCUUUUUCUCUGCAGGAUUCUGAGGAGCUUUCAUCUGAGGAGGAGAUGAAGAUGGCGGAGAUGAGACCUCCUCUCAUUGAGAUCUCCAUCAACCAGCCCAAAGUGGUGGCACUUAGUAAAGACAAAAAAGAUGACGGUAAAGACGCUGACUCGUUGCUGGACGAGACAGUGGCCAACAGCAAUCAGAACAACAGCAACUGUUCGUCCCCGUCACGCAUGUCGGACUCGGUGUCUCUGACCACGGACAGCAGUCAGGACAACUCCCUGUGCACCCCCGAGAGAGAGGCCAAGAUGCCCUUCCUGCCCAAGAGCAGGCAAGAGGAUGAGAACAUGAAUCAGCAGAAGGUAAGCACCCCUCUCCUCCAGAACGGCAACGGCCCAGACACUACCCUGCAGGCCCUCCUGAAGAACCAGCAGUCCUACGAGUCCAAGCCAGAGAAGAUUGUGGGGGACUACGACCUGUCCAUGGAGGAGAGGCUGGCCUUCAUCAAGAAGGGUAUCAACAACGGCAUGGGCGACAGCUACACCAAGUGGGACCAGAUCAACAUGAACGUGGCUAAGCUGCCGCUGCAGCCGGACAACAUGGGGGUCCAACUGGAUGACUGUCAGAAUGGCACGAGCACCAAGGAGGCCUUUCACCACUUGCCUCCGCCGUAUAACAACGAAAACUCUACGGCGCCCAUUACAGACCACUUGGAGAACGGCAACCAGAUGGGCGACCACUUUAACGGCCGCUCCAGCGAGGGAUUGGCCGUGUCGCCCAUGAGGUUAGACUCUGCCAUGUCUGUGGUGCGGACUGUUUCGGCGGGCGUGACGGCCAGCAGUGACAUGUCGCUGUCUCGCAGCACAGAGGAGCUGUCCCGGGUGGCCAAGGCUCAGAGCAUCACCAACAUCGAGACAGGGGAGAUGAAGCUGUACUCCUUGGACACUGAGGGGGGCUCCUACGAGGGUGGAGUAGUGGGCAGGAUGGCCGGAGCCUUACCGGGGGCCCAGGGUCAAAGCAUCGUCCGCAGCAAGUCAGCCUCCCUACUCAAUGACCAGCCCUUCCAGGUCUACCCCGGCUCCUCAGCCUCUUCCUCCGACCUGCUCUCCAGCUCCUCAAAGCCUCCUGUCAGCACUGGCCGCUACCCCGUCCCCUCAGGCAUGGCCAUGGGCCCGCCGCCUCAGUACAACGUCCAGUACACCAGCAGCGCCUUGCCCAAAGAAGGCCUGUGGACCCAUAGGACCCCCGUCCCCCCCGAUCAGGGCUACCUCCCUCCACCCCAGCACUCUCUGGCCAACACCAACUACUCCAACCGCAACCAGGCCCCUCCAUAUCCCCACCAGGCCCAGCAGAGAGGCCCGCCCAUGGGGCCCAAGCAGCCUGGUGACAUGUGGGCUAAGGAGAGACACCUGCCCCCCGGUGGUCAGCCACGGAGCAGCACCCUGCAGAGGCAGAGCAGCAGUUCCUCCACGGCCUCUAUGGGGGACCCCCGGCGCAUGCAGGUUACCGAGGGAGACUACAUGACGUACAGGGACAUCCACACCCUGGGCCGGGGGCCGCUGGCCAUAGCCCAGACCAUGCAGAGGCCUCUGUCGGCCCGCACCUACAGCAUCGACGGACCCUGUGCCCCCAGGCCUCACACCGCCAGGCCACAGCCCCAUGAGCUGCCCGAGAGGACCAUGUCGGUCAGCGACUUCAACUACCAGCACGUCAGCCCCAGUAAAAGGCCAAACGCCAGGGUGAAGUCUGAGCACUCGCUGUUGGACGGGCCAGGAGGACCGGGAGCAGGAGCAAGGGUACCAGUGGAUUGGAGAGACCAGGUGAUGCGCCACAUCGAGGCCAAGAAGAUGGAAAAGUACGCCCUGUCUCUGUCCUAUAAUUCCAAUUAUGCCCCGCUGAGCUGCUCUCACUACGGUAGCUCUAGGGACGUGCACCACACAGGCAGCCAAGGCUCUCUGGUCUUUAGUGCUGCCUCAGACGGACGGCCCUACGGAGCCCAGGGCAUCUGUGAUGAUGUGUUAGGUCCUCAAGGACAACAGGGCUACACCAUGGACACCCUCCGAAAAGUGCCUUUAAUGAAUGGUCAGUUGGGCGGUCCAGUGCGAGGCCAGAUGACGUCGUGCCAGGCGCCCAUGGCCCGCCACCCCUCCAGAGAGCAGCUCAUCGACUACCUGAUGCUUAAGGUCUCCCAUGGCCAGCAGCCCCAGGGACCCCCUCCGCCACGGGCCACUCAAGACACACUGCACCAGGAGAUGCGUGUGAAAGUGGAGAAGAACCCUGAGCUAGGGUUCAGUAUAUCAGGAGGAGUGGGAGGACGGGGAAACCCCUUUCGUCCGGACGAUAAUGGCAUCUUUGUGACGAGGGUCCAGCCUGAGGGACCUGUCUCAAAGAUCCUCCAGCCUGGAGACAAGAUCCUCCAGGCGAACGGAUACAGCUUUGUGAACAUUGACCACGGGAACGCCGUAGCCCUGCUGAAGACGUUUCCCACCACUGUGGAUAUGAUCAUCAUCCGAGAGGUGACAGCGUAGAGCGAGACAGACAGGACUGUGACCUCCGAUCCAGACGAAACCACACGAGAACUGAAUGUCCACUUCCUUCUUAUUUUUAUAUACAGAGGAGCCUGCUUUAUGGUGAAGAGAACCUUUAAGAGCUUUUGGGAUAACGGGGGCCGAACCACUGCAUCAAGUGGACUUGGGGGGAUAGCCCGGUUAUUUUUUACUCAGAGGACGCACCAGAGGAGGCGUGUGCUCCAAUGACACAGAGAUUUUGUAAAGACUGCUUUCUGUAAAGACUUGUUUUUCAAAGAAAAUAAUUCACCCUCAUCAUUGCAGUUUCUAGUUGCUGUAGUUGAGCAUUAACUGUAGUUGACCACUAGAGGACAGGGCUACCUCUCUUUAUCGCUCUCUGCUUACAUCCGAUUUGCCUUUAUUUUUAAGUCAUAUUAUUAUUUUUAAGAUGCUGAAACCACUUGUUUGACUUAGCCGAGAUGUGAUAUGGGGGACAAUGUUAUGUGCUUUCUUGUGGAGACAAAUGUAGUACUGGAUUGAGCUUUCGGGGAGUUUCUUUUAUCAAAUUUCCCCUCUGCCUACUUACAAUUGUGACAGUUUUUGGAACGAGUUCCAUACAUAGUGGAUAUUUCAGAAGGACAAUUUAUUUGCCUCUGCCUCCAUAGAACCUGUGAGCCACACUGCAUACAUCCAGUAUCUGUACUGUCCUCAUUUUAGUGUAGGAGCAGUUUCAGUAGCCUCCAUGGCACCACUGGCUUGAAAUAUCCCUCACUCACCUCUCAACUCCUACUCCUGAGCAAAUCCUCCGUCACUGAAUCAACCACCCCGAGUGCCCACUACUUGGAUGCUGUAAAACGCUCUUUGUAUGUGAAAUGGAAUUGGGACUGGAAUAUGGAACAGAUCAUGAGAGAGGAUGCCUUUGCUUGGCCUUAGUUAGCCUAGCCAGAAUGUGAUGUGAGAAUGGGUCAGAAGGCGGCGUGGUAAAGGUAGGUAAGCUAAGCAUGUGUGGAGACCAUGGCCAGUAUUCAUUAUGCUGAUUUUGUUGCGAAACAUUUCUUAAACGGAAGCAAACUCAACGAAACAGGGAGGGACCUAGCUAAGAGUGUCCAAUAUAAACUGUUGUUUUAGUUCCAAAAGGUUCAGUUUUGCAACUGUUUGGACGAAUGAUUACACCCCAUGUGUUGGAGGUGCUGCUGGGAGUGACACCCUAUUCCCCAUAGAGCACGCUACAUACUAGUGGUAAACUGUAUACAACGGAUAUAGGUUGUCAUUUCAGAUGCAGCCUGUGUCAGACUCUGAGCAGGCCUGGUCUCUGUGCCCCUUUCACUCAUGUUGGUAAGACUAUAAAGGGCUUCUCCCUGAAGGCAGCCAUUGGUGACUAGAAAACACUCUCAUAUGCUUUCAGAUUGAAAAGGGGUUUCUGUCUAACAUUUUUUUUAAGUGGCGGAAAAUUACAUUUUGCCUUUGUGUGUAAAAUAACAUUUUUAGACAUCAUGCGUCAUCUCUUUUUGUGUUGAGAUAGUGUUUCAUAUAUGGACUCUUUGCUCUAUGCUGGAUCAAAUGAACUAGAGGUGAAGUUGUCAAGUGCCAUAGACCUUGAACUGUUAGAACAAGGGGAGGGAAGGAGUGACUACCCUGACCCUCAAGCAAUAUUCACAUACUUUGUUUCUCAACAAACUAAACGCUCUCCUCUUGAGUACACGCCGUGUGAUUUGUCAUAAUGGUUUAAUAGCAAUAGGAUUGGUUUUCAUUUAGAAAGACAUCCAAUUGCAUUUUUAAUAACCUGUAAUAAAAUAUUGUUACACAGGAUUUAUAUUGUGAAUAUUUUUUAAAUAAAAACAUAUCUUUAGCAAAGAAACCAACAUUUUAGUCUGCAUUGUAUAAUAGUGAAUGGUCUUGUGGCACUCUGCCCUUACAAAUGAGUUGCUAGUUUUCCCAAGCUUGACUGCACCAAAAACUGUUCAAACCAGCUUGUUAUGUUGUGCAAACAUGACUCACUUUUACACCAGUGUAAAAUGAAGUCAAUCAGAGCUGCAAAGGCAUCAAAAAAAAAACGGUCAUUUGUAUUGUUUAAUUGAAUUGUCAAAUUAUAAAAAUGCUUUUUAAAGCUACUCUGCUAUGUCCACUCAGUGUGAUCAAAAGUUUAUAGAUGUAUGUGUUGUUUGCAUGAAAUCAACCUAUGAAUUGUCUAUUUUGUGAGUUAAUCCAUGAAAAAAGUUACGUAUUUCCUACAGAAACUAAAAUGAUCCAAUUCAAAGAUAUCUACAAGUUAUGGCCCCAGUGAAAUUUGUUUACAAAUUGAUUGUAAUGCAAACACUGAAUUGUGACUGAGCAUAUAUAAAGUUAUGACAUUGUAAUUUAUGUCAUCCCAAUACCUAACAAAUUUGUAAAUGUAUAGUCCUGUAUGACUCAGUUGGUAGAGCAUGGUGCUUGUAUCGCAAGGGUUGUGGGUUUGAUUCCCGGGACUACCCAUAUGUAAAAUCAAUGCAUGCAUGAAUGUAAGUCGCUUUGGAUAAAAGUGUCUGCUAAAUUGCAUAUAUUGAAUAUUACAAAUUUUAAAUGGUAUGUAAUCUACUGUACCUGACCUGUAUGUAUUCAAUUACUUCAUGCAUACAGUUUAAGAUUAUGGUACUGUCAACUUGUGACUUGAAUGGAAAACACUGUAUCAAUGACGUUUGCUCCCCUCUUUUCCAUUUUGAAUUCCAACUGAACAUUGCGCCCAACUGAAACUGUCCUAGUUUUUUAAUCAACUGCAGCCCCAGUGGCACGCUCAUAAUAACUGCAGAUAUUUUUGUCAUUGGUCAAUGUUCGCCUCAAGCGGUAACAUUUAAGACUUCUCCUGCAUUUUCCCCUCUCAAGAUUAGUUUAAGAAACAUUGUAAUAGUUUUUUAUGCUGUUUUGUUGUGGACACUGUUCUUUUACUUUUUGAUCUGGGAAUAAGAACAAUCUAAUGAUUGUCAAGGUCAUAUUUGUUUUAUAUUCGUGGCAAAAGAAGGAAAAUAACUGUCCAAUAGACGGUAGACAAUCUGGGACUAAGACCUCGGGGCUCACCUGUUUUCCAUAUCGAACAACAACUGGUCUCUUCACACCUUGUUUUUAUUUAUUUAGCACAUUUUCCUGUGACUUUUUAGACAUUACUAAUCAAAAUGUAAAUACUUUAAAAAAGUUAAGAAAUGAAUUAAUCAUGGCAUUAGUCACUCUGAGUUUGUAAAACUAGCAAUAAGUUGCAAUGCAUACACAACCCUUUUAAUGUAUAGCUAUUUCAAAGGUUUCUCUGGAAACAGCUACAGUAAGAUGAUUGAGAUGCAUUUAUUCAACAUUCCUGAUUUUGUAUAAAAUUAUACUGUUUCUGAGGUAACCUGUGGAAAACAAUAAAUAAACUAAUGCUCUUUAAAA